CUUAUACCACUGUGCUAUGAAGCCAUCUCCAUGUUGUCUCAGAAUAAAACCCUGAAAACUGUGGAAGAGUUGGCUCUUCAGAUCCUUUUGCUUUGCCAGGUUGUGCUUGGGACCGUGGGCAACAUCCUUCUGUUUGUCCAUAAUUUCUCUCCAAUCUUGAAUGACUCCAGACUGAGGCCCAUACAGGUCAUUCUAAUCAACUUGGCUGUGGCCAAUGCAUUCAUGCUCCUUCUCUUGACAUAUUCAUAUGACCUGAUUGAUUUUGUUCUAAGGAAGCCUCCAACUGACCUCAACUGUAAACUUGCAUACUUCCUUCACAUGGUGGCUCGAGGCACAAUCAUGUGCUCCACCUGUGUCCUCAGCACCUACCAGUUUGUCACUCUUGUCCCUGGUACCUGGGCUAGGGUCAUGUUCAGAGAAAUAUCCCCCAAGGCUGUGAGCUAUUCUUGUUACAGUUGCUGGUUGUGGAAUGUCUUAAAUAAUGCUUACAUCCCAAUGAAUGCUGGUGUUCUACAGAAAUCACAUAAUGACACUGAUUCUAAAGGAAUGUGGAUGUGCUUCACUUCUGGGGUCAGUGUAGGCACUAAUUUCUUGCAUGACAUCAUAUUCAUUGGCAUCAUGGUCUGGACCAGUGUCUCCAUGAUGAUGCACCUAAGUAGACAUCAUCAGAGAAUGCAUCACAUACAUAAUUCCAGUCAGAACAACAGAGGCCAUGCUGAGACCAGAGCAGCCCACACAAUCCUUAUGAUAGUGGUCACAUUUGUGACCUUAUAUAUUCUAAAUUGUAUUAGUAUUUUAGUUCACAUUUCCUUUGUGGAAUCUCGUCUCUGGUUGGUGGAUGUCAUAAAAGUUCUGGCUCUAAGCUUCCCCACCAUUUCUCCCUUACUGUUGAUCUUUAGGGAUCCUAGAGGUCCUUAUUCUCUGUUCUUCAUUUUUGGUCUGGAAAUCCUUGUGACUGAGAAAGUCAUUACAGAGGAACAGUAA